UUCUUAUUUUAUCAAAAAGAUUAAAUCUUUAUUUGUUAUUGUUUUCCGGGUUUGGCUCACUCAGCUGAGCUUGUGUGGCAUCUGCUUGUGCGCUAGUGUUGUUCUCGAAAUAUCCUUUUGAGGGUCUCUCUCUCUCUGUUUGUGUGUGUUUCUUUUGCGUGCAGUUUUCUGGUGGGUAAAAUUGAACUCUCUCUCUCUAUAUCUUCUUUCUCUCUCUAUCCCCAUCUCUAGCUACCACUUCUCUUGGUGGUGCAGGUUCGAAAGGGUUCUUAUUAAUUUCUGGCUUUGGUGCUUUUGUGGGUGGAAGUUAGGUGAAAAAGGGUUUGCAAGAGAACCGACAUGGCGAACUCGGCGGAGAAGAAGGAAGAGACCAAUACUCUUGUCCAGGACGAGGGUUUCUCGGUCGAGCUCCCUGCUCCUUCCGGCUGGAAGAAGAUGUUCUUCCCCAAGAAGAAGAGUGAAAUCUCAUUCAUUGCCCCAACUGGGGAGGAAAUCACUGGUAGAAGACAGUUAGAACAGUAUCUCAAGGCACACCCUGGUGGCCCAGCUGCAUCUGACUUUGAUUGGGGCACUGGUGAGACCCCAAGGCGGUCAGCAAGGAUCAGUGAGAAGGUUAAGGCAACCCCAUCCCCUCAAAAGGAGCCCCCAAAGAAGCGUGGCAAGAGGUCAUCAUCAGGUGCCAAAAAGGAAACUAAAGACACAGGAACUGGCAAUGAAGCAACUGAGGAGGCCAAAGACACCAAUAUGGAGGAAGCCGAAGGAACUGGGAAGGACGAUACCGAGGCAGAAAACAAAGAAAAUGCUGUUAAGGAAAAUCUGGAAGAGGGUGAAGAAAAAGCACAAGAUCCCGAUGCAAAGAUGGAUGCAGCUGAUGGAGCUCCACCCCAGAAGCAAGCUGAUGUAGCUGAAGAUCAGCAGAAGGGGAUCUCUGAUGCAGUGGCUGAGAAUGAAAGUGAAAAGAAGACUGAUGCUGAGGCUGAGACGACUCAGGAAAAGGAAGAGCAACCACAGGUUGAGGCAGCAGCAACUAUUGCAGAGGAGAAGAAGACUGAAGUUGAAGGGGUGGAGAAACAAGAAGAAACCAACAAAGGGGAACCGGCACCUGAAGGAGAAUCCACCAAGGACAAAGAGGCGGCGGCAGCAAAUGGGACUGCUGAGAAACUGGAUGAGACAACCACCAGCCAGCCAACUGAGAAAGUCGAAGGAGCAUCAGUUGAGAACGGCAGUCAUGCUGCUACAGCUACUGCUACUGCUACUGCUACUGCUACCUGAUGAUGAAAUUCCUUGUUGACGGCUUUCAUUUGGUGGUUGUUCUUUUGUUAAUGUAUUACACCACCCCUUUAUUCCCCCCUGACCAUUUUAGGCAUUUGUGAGUAUUUUGGAUGACUGUAGUAGUCGUAAUGUUGUAAGGAGUUAGCAUCAUCAGCUCUCUGAUUGUUCAUUCAGACAGUGGUGUGAUAUAACUGCAGAUUAGGUGUGCAUUGUAGCAAUCUCCUCAGGGAGAGACUUAAGUAGGAAGAAAGACAGACACAACUUGUUAGCCUGUAGUAAGUAAGAAUUGUAACAGUUGUAUGCUGUCGGUUUACUGCUAUGUACUGCUGUUGUGGGAAUAAGCUCUGUACUAGAGAUUUAAUGCUGGUCAUCCAUCCAUUGCUUGUGAUUUGAUUCAGAGUAA